CUUACUCAUGAACAGCCAUUUUGACUCGAAACCUGGCAGUCCAGGUGCUGGCGAUGAUGGCACUAUGGUUGUUAUAUUGCUCGAGACUCUGCGCGUGCUCGCCACCACUCGUCAAACUUUCACACAUCCAAUUGUAUUUCUAUUCAAUGGCGCCGAAGAGAAUCCUUUGCAGGCCUCACACGGUUUUGUUACUCAACACGAAUGGGCUAAAAAUUGCAAAGCGGUCAUUAACUUGGAUUCAGCAGGUAGCGGUGGUCGCGAACUUCUUUUUCAAUCCGGACCCAAUCACUCAUGGUUAAUGAAAAUCUACCGUAAUACUGCUAAACGCUCAUUUGCGACAACAUUCGCAGAAGAAAUAUUCCAAUCUGGCAUUAUACCUUCGGAUUCAGACUUUAGAAUUUUCAAAAAUUUCGGACAUAUACCGGGCUUGGAUAUUGCACAUUUUAAAAAUGGCUAUGUAUACCACACGAAAUUCGAUAGGAUUGAUGUUAUACCACGUGGAACGCUACAACGUACUGGCGAUAAUAUAUUGGCACUGGCGCGAGCUUUCAGCAAUUCUACAGAAUUAAAAGAUCCAGAG